UGCGACCACAGUCAAGGUAAGAGAUGGCAACAAUGCCGAAUGUUUGGUUAUCGCUGGCAACAGUGAUCCUUGCCACGAUGCAUGGCAUACCGGCAACGGCAAACCGAGAACACAAGGUUCACAAUAUAGUGCUUUACCCCAACAAGCAGUCCUGGUGUACGACGCGUAACAUUAGCCAGGUUAUAACGGAACCGGGCUGCAAGCAGGUGACGAUCGAUAAUAAUGUUUGUGUCGGUGCCUGCUUUAGCUACUCGAUUCCCCACACGGAACCGUCCGAUCCGGGCGAGAUUAUAGGACCGUACUGCGAUUCCUGUCAACCAUCGGACGUGUCGUACGUUUUCGUUAAAGUAGACUGUACGGAGAAUGCGAACAUGAAGAACCCGUACCUGUAUAAACAGGUGCAACUGAUACAUAACUGCACCUGUACGGCGUGCGAUGAUCAGUCGCCGCAUCGAUCCCCUCCAACCAGCACCAACAACCGGGACCUAGCGGAUGGGUCACAGGAGCAGAUGCUAGGUUCUGGUGAGCAGAUACAUCACAACCAACACCACCAUCAGCCAGCGCUAGCAUUAGAUCGGGAGCAGAAUUUGAUUCCGUCCGACCAUCAUCACACGAAGCACUCCCCGGGGGGUGGUAGUGGUGUUGGCGUGGAAGAAACGCCAACCGACAGCGAUAUGAUACAGGACGAUAUACCGGAAAUUCUGGAGGUGGUACACUACAGUGAAAAUGAUACCGAACCGAUACGCCACACACCGGUGCACGAUUUACAGUCUCCGAACAGUGGCACAACGUAUCUGGAGCAACAGCAGCUUAACCACUACGAACACAACAGCCACACGGACAACGUGAAGAAGCUGUUGCAUCAGAAAAUUGUCAAGUUACUGCGAUCGAUCGAGGAAACCAACUCCCAGUCGGAUCGGGAGCAACUGAUCGAGAUGAUACGACUGAUCAAGGGUACGAGCGAUCGGAACUGGGACGAGCUGGUGGAGAGUCUACAGUCUGAAAACUCCAUCCUGGACUUUAACCGUUUGCGAUCCGAGCUGGUCGAGGAUGAACCGUUGCACGUACCAUCGUUUCCGGAGGAUCCGGCCAAGAAACAGGCCGACACACCGGAAAUGGAAGAUCAUCAGCGGUUGAUGCAUCAUCAGUACGAUACGUUGCGCCAUCGGCAGAACCAUCCGAACGAACAGAACGAUGCAGGCGGAUCAGGUUCCAAGGAAACGGUUCCCACUGAAGCGGACCAACCGUCACAAGACGCUGUCCCGGUGAGAGCCGCACACAAUCAUCACGUCCAUCCGCACCAUCAUACGGUGGGCGAACGGGUCGAUGCGCAUCAUCAUUUGGCGCGAGGACCGCACGGUGCGUUGGUCAUUCAGGCGGAUCGGGGCGAUUUCGAGAUCCACCGCAGCAUCCAGAAUGGGCACGAAAUUAAGGAAAAGAUCCACAUACAGGCGCACGAGCUGAAACCGAACCAUGCCGGUACGGUCGUUACGUACGAUGGGCAUGUCCCAGUACAGGUACCGAUCACCUCCGCCAACGUUGCACCGCUACCGGUUGACGAAAGCGAGCAGCGGCAGCAACAGCAGCACCAUUUCCAAACCCCUCAUAUGCACCCGCCUAGUCAUGGUGGCCAUCAUAGCAAUCAGCCGGCCCGGUCGCACGGUCAGCACGUGGAUGGCCGACAUGGACCGCAUCACAACAGCAAUCACGACCAGCAUCCAGAGCAUCAUCACCAGCAGCACCAGCACGGAACACAUCCACACAAAUCACAUCAUGUGGCUGCGACCGUAACGGUUGGUGAGACGGAACAUUAA